AUGGGCUCAUCUCAUCCUCUCUCGCAGAGCUCUCUUUCGCACCAAUUGUCAUACCACCAACUAGAAACCAACUCCCAUUCUUAUUAUGCCACCCGAGCAAAAAACAAAAAAAAUUCAAACUCUGGCACGCCUGGUAGCAAGAAAGCCGCCCUUCGAGUCAGAGGUACCGAAGACCGCAAUGCCCAGAUUGCCAAUGGUGGAGAGCCUGCUCCCCCCGCUGAUCAUGGGGGAGCUGACUGUGUCCUCAUGCAGCCUAGCAAAACCCGUUCUCGAAUGGAGACAGCUGGGGUUACAGCAAGAGUUGAACAGUCGCUUUUGGAAUCUAGUGCUGCGUCGGCACCCACUGUCGCUGUGCCAAUUGCAACAAGGAAAACCGCUCCCACUGCGCAAACCACGGUGACCACCGCUCCCGGUGCACUGGACCCUGUGGUGACCACGAUUCCUGAACCAGCAUCGGCUACCAAAGACGACCCUCCCCCUCGGGUGACACUCUUAUCCUUGGCCGAAUUCGACAACGAUGAGAUCGAAGCGAUGAAUCAAGAACUGGAAUCACGCGAUACAGCCUACCGCUUCUCCUAUCUAGAGGGCGGGUACAGGCAAUACCAUGGUCGUCGCCCUGUGAAGGGGCUGCGCAGUCCAGCGGAUGACCGCACUAUGAUGCAGGAUGACGAAACUCUCUGCUGGGUCCCCAUUCCGGCUGGAUAUACAGCUCCACACACCCCAGAAGAUUACAUCGAGGCGGUCAAUGACUUUCGCAAACAAGAUCGUCAAUGUGUGGCUUAUGCCCACCCUGAGGCUCGCAAGGCUUUCAAUGAACUCAACCUCUCCCGCCAUCCUGGUGACCCCGAGAUUGAGCUUGAGUUCCUUUACAAUAUAUCAAAAGAGGAAGAAGCAGUGCUGGUUGCAGGGCUCGAGCAAGAUGAAGCCGCCUACAAACUCACCGAAAUAUGGGAUGAGGAGAAAGAGAAAUAUGUAUCCAUUCCCGAAGGGUACACUGCCCCUCACGACCCUCAAGAUUAUAUUGAUGCCCUAAACUGGGAGAUUGCAGAGGCUGAAACAACUUGCCGCGCUGAGCUUGCCAGUGCCGCUCAAAGGGCUAAGCGCAGGGGAGGUGAGGACUGGGAAGCCCCCGAUCCUAUGAUAGAAAGUGACUUGAGUGGCUCAGACUAUGAAGAAACUUGGCGCAACAAGGAGACAGAGAGGGCUCAGCUCAGGUCGAGGGGAAAGCCUGCAACGGACACGGAGGAGGAGGAUGAAGAAGAAGAUCGCGAGAUGCAGCGUGAAUUGCAGGAAGAGAUGAAUUUGAAGGCAUCUGGAUGUUCCAAAGGUCUCGCGGCAGCUCAAAGUAAGAGGACCAGCUCUGACAACAAAAAAACUUCACCGAAUCCAACCAUUUCACCACCAGCCGGUAUCUCUUGGGAUGCACUGAAGGCUUCCCUGUCGCCCUCUGAACUCGAUGCCUCUGCAGUGUUGAGAAGUUUCAACCUCAACUUGAUGCCAGAGGAGCUAAUUCCCAAGGUCGACACUGUUUCAUCUCAGAAGCCUUCUCUCAUGGACAGUGCACUGUAUCGAUUGUUCUGCAGGAUUGUAUGGCAAUACACAGCUUGUCUCGGCCACCUCAAUAGCCAUUCUCCUGAUUUUGUAAUGGAAAAGGCUAAUUUAUUACAGAAAGAGAAGAGGGCCCCCAAUCGUUACAAUGUAUUCAAGACUUUUGCUAGCAGGUCCAAGCCUGACGACGAUGAUCAUGAGGGCUUGCAGACAUGGAACAAAAACCUCAAUGAGGAGUAUAGGAAGCUCAUGGAAGGUGCAGACACGAGUGAGGAGAAGGACGAGCGAAUGGCGGAAGCAUUCAAAUUUGUUAAGGAGCAAAUUGCUGAUGAGGGUACCAGUAUUCGCGAUGCAUCUUUGCGCUUUGCGGAGCACCUCAAAACAAUUACAGACAUGAUCACGACCAUCAAACGGCGUGAUCAUUCCUUCGAUGUCGCUGGCAUACUUGUCUACAGCGGCAAGAAUCGCACUGCGCGAAACAAGUCCGGGCUCUUUAUGAGCUCUCCUGAACUUCGAGAGCUCUGCAGCAACGAGCAGUGGCCGAUCAGCACGAUCACGGACAUCUUCGUUACUAAAGUCAGGGUGAUGCAUGCCGACCGAAUGAUCAAACAACAUAUGGCAGGAUCCUAUACUGAUGGAGCGUCCACUGAGCCAUCGACGACACCCUCGCAGCUGUGUCAGCCAAGUGCCAGCUCAUCCGCAAGGCUCGCUCCGAAGGGUGGGUUGCAGAGGAUUGUGUCUGCCCCUCCCAUCUCUCAAGAUAUUUUGCCCAACUCGAAUAAUCCUCAAAGGCAAUUCACACAGAUUUUUAUUUCUCUGCUAAGCGAACAUAAUGCGGAACACACCACUGUUCCUUGGACAACGUGGCCCAACAUGGCAUUCAAAUUGAAGAAGGUCAUCGUCAGGGCUUUCGCGUAUGGGAAGAUCAGUAACAAGCAGUGGUGCCAUCUCUCGAGACUCAUUCUCGAAGGUGUUCUCACUAUCAAAGACUGGACAGCAGAGCAGAAACAGAUUCCUGAAACCGAUGCUCGCUUUGGCGAAAUUCCCGUCGUUCUCAACUUGCGUGGCUUGCCUAUGGUGUUUAUCAAAGACUCCUCCAACUGGGUGUGCCAGAACUGCAAAAUUGACUCAGCAACUCCAUAUACGCCACGCACUCCCUCUGCUGCUUCCUCUCCCACUCUUCUUUCAUCCAAGAAGCGCACCUACAAGGAUCUGUCCCUGGUUACUGAAGAGAAUGCAAGGAGAGAGCAUCAUAGUGUUUCCACUCCUGUGCAAAAUGAGAUGGAACCGCCGGCAAAGCGCCAGCGUCACGUUAUGUUCUCCUCUCUUCCGACUUACCCUGAGCUCUGA